AUGACAAGUUUUCGGCAAUGUGAACUAAGCAAUCGCCGUUCCCGGAAGAAGGGGUGCAGCACGUCACGAGCCACUCUUAGACCACAGGAUUGGAGCGCGAUGCGUACGAAGACGUCUCGACAAGUACUUUCAUCCCAAUCACAACAUCUGUCUUGGCCCAGAACGGACAGGGCGACUCGGUCUAGCUCCCCACAAACAUCCUCUCCAAGAACGAAGGCUGUUAGUGAACCCAAUGAUGGACUCAGCACCAACACAGCCUACCAGAUAACCGAUGUUGCUUGUUACCCCAUACCAAAGGCCUCGUCGAUUGUAACAGCAACUGUCAGUUGUAAAAAGUCGAAACUACCUCUAGACCCAAUAGCGCUUGCCACCAGCAUUCUUGGAGAGAGAGGCCAAGUCAUCCGGAUAACCCAGAGCCGGACGGUGCUUAGUGCAGACCAGAGCAAUCCUCACAGCGAUGCUGCGAAUUAUGACGCUGACCAUGCAGACAACUACAUGAGCGAAGAGGACGAGGACGACGAUGGAGACGAAGACAAAGACAAGACGGAAUACAGGCCUUAUGCUAUGAGCCCUGAUCCGAGGUUCAACAGAGGCGAAAUGCGCUUCCGUCCACGAACGCGUGUAUCGUGGUUACAGUCGGACGACCUGCGGUUACUCACGUACAGGAACAACAUGGCUAUGGAGUGGAAGAAGAUAUUUGAACUCUUCCCGGAUCGGACCCCAGGCGCAAUACGGACGCGCUACCACAUGCUGCAAGGGAAAUCAUCUAUAGCUAUGUGCUGCUUCUCCUUGGAGAAGUAUUUAGGCCAGUAUCCGCAAAUAGAACAGCCCGACCUGAGAAUACGAUAUCUCGAGAUGCUCUAUCAGGGAUGCAUCGCUAAUAUCCAGAGAGAAGCUCUCACCAACAGCCACAACGGAUCUCUUCAAUUUUCUGACGCUUUUCCCAUCGUACCAGCUCCUGUCUACAAAAGCCACGACAAUCCCGUUGUUGCUGCCGAUACAUUGACGCGCCUUUAUGAAGAUUUCUUUUAUGAAGAUUUGAAAGACAGCCAACAUUGUCGCAUUCUUCAAACGGCGUUUAAAGAUGAAGGGGCAAGUCAGCCAUUACCACCACAAAAGAGGGAAAGGACACUGCAGAUGAUCAUGCAAUGCACCGGUGACGGUUUGAUUAGCGGUCUAGACCGGGCUCUUGGCCAGGUUCGCAAAGACCCCCUAAGCUCACCUACAUUUAAUGAAGCAAUAGCAGAGUGCCUGCGCAAAAUCAAUAUACAUGACGAGGAACUCCAUAUAGCUACACUUAAGGGGCGCAUUCUUCUGGUCGAUCUUGCUCGAACAUACCAAUGCGAGUUUAUCCGCAUACAGAAAGAAAUGAAGAAAACCCGGAACAUUCGCAGGAGGAUGGCAAAUAAUGGGGAAAAUUUACUUCCCCUUCCGCAGAAGGGCAUGCGGACUGAUACCCGAGUAUUAGAGCAAAUUUCGAAGGAUCUUGAGCAGACUUUCGAUGAGAACCAGCGAUAA